AUGCCUGUCUCUGCCCCGCCUGAUGAUAUCUCCGUUGGAGAUGUCUUCACCCCACAAGCUGACAGCACGCCGCCCUCCGCCGUCGACUUCCCGACCAAUCACCGCGCCCCGGAUGUCCACAUGGGAGACGACCGGUUGUCACCGCGCAAGCAGAUGGCCAAUUGCAGAGGCAACGGGGACAAUUUGAUGCAGCCAUCAGCCUUUAACCCGAAUCUGUUGUCCGGAAAGCAGCGACGUAAGGCUAAGAAGAAGAAGCAAGCUGUGCAGGCUGAUCUGGCACUGUCGACGGUUCGCGGUUUCACGCCGCUCGCCUCUGCGGAUGAGGACUCUGAUUUCUCCACGACUAGCUCCCGCGCUGCCGAGUCUCGUCCGGCCACCUCUAAGGGUGGAGCGAGUCCUCGCGCUCAGCCCAGUGUUGGCCAUGGAGUUAGCGCUUUGAAGCUCCAGCUUGAUUCGCUCAAUCUCUCUGGGAAACACACUGCGGGUAGCGGCGGCUUCUGCUCGGUAACUCCCAGUAACGCCAGCGUGUAUUCCGACAGCGAUCAGACCGAGAUUCUGACCAGCUAUGAAGUGCCGCUGGAGCAUGAUUUCGUCAGCACAGACGCCGCGGAGGAUGAUGAACCUGCCAGCACCAGCCCCGCUGCAGCUGGAAUUGGAGUCGAUAUGCGGAGCCAGCUUUGCCGGAAGAUGACUGCAGAGGAUUUUGAGCCUUUGCUCUGCCUUGGCAAGGGUUCCUUCGGGACCGUAUUGCUGGUCCGCCAUGUUGUCACGGGCAAGCUGUAUGCCCAGAAGCAGUUCAAGAAGGCUUCCAUCACUGUGCACAAGAAGCUCGUGGAGCAAACCAAGACAGAGCGCAUGAUCUUGGAGAGUGUCAACCGCCACCCGUUCGUGGUCAAGCUGUUCUACGCGUUCCAGGACCACGAGAAGCUCUACCUGAUCCUGGAAUAUGCCCAGGGCGGCGAGUUGUUUACUCAUCUCGCCAUGGAGCGUAUGUUCCAAGAAGAUGCCGCGGCAUUCUACAUGGCGGAAAUGGUCCUCGCCCUGGAGCACCUGCACCAAAACGUCGGCGUCCUGUACCGCGACCUCAAGCCCGAGAACUGCCUCCUCGAUCACCAUGGCCACCUGCUUCUCACCGACUUUGGGCUGAGCAAGAUCGCACUGAGCGAUGACGACCGCUGCAACUCCUCCCUGGGCACGAUCGAGUACAUGGCCCCCGAAGUGAUCCAGGGCAAACCGUACGGCAAAGCAUGCGACUGGUGGUCCCUAGGCGCACUGGGCUUCGACCUCCUCACUGGUUCCCCUCCUUUCCGCGCCAACAACCACGCCAAACUCCAAGAGAAAAUCGUCAAGCAGAAGCUCGUCCUGCCCUACUUCCUCGGCCCAGACGCAAAGGACCUCCUCACCCGACUGCUCCGCAAAGACCCCGCCAAGCGACUCGGCUACCACAUGCCCAAGGACCUCCAGACGAUCAAAAAGCACCGAUUCUUCCGCAAGAUUGACUGGGCCGCUCUCGAGCGACGUGAACUCGUCCCGCCCAUCCAGCCCGUCGUCACCGAUCCCGCGCUGGCCGAGAACUUCUCUGCCGAUUUCACCCAGAUCCCGCUCAGUCCGACCGUGACCGGUGGAUUUGACGAUUUGUAUGCGCAGAGCAAAUCGCGAUUCUCGUCGAGUCUUGCGGGCCAGACGGCUGGUGACGGGGAUCCAUUUGGUGGAUUCAGCUUUGUGGCUUCGAGUAGCUUGCUGGAUCACGGGCUUGGCGUGAUGGCAACGGGAUGCUAG